AUGGCUCAACCGGAUGUAGCUUCUGCUUUAGUUGCCUGGGUGAACACUUUUGAUAAGCUCUCGCGUAACGUUAGUUCGAUAGGUGAUCUUGCUGACAGCGCCAUUAUGAUCGAAGUUGUUUGUGCUAUUGAUAAUAAAUUUUUCAAGCUUUCAAAUGAUACUCGCGAGAAUAGUUGGGUUCAAAGAGUAAAUAAACUCGACCAAAUAUAUCAGCUCCUUAUACAUUACUAUCAAGCGGUCCUUCAACUUUCCACUGUGAAUAUUGAUGCACCUAAUCUUAAAUCUAUUGCAAGAGAUGGAAAUCUCGAGGAAACAAUAAAGCUGUGGUUAUUGAUCCUUACGUUAGCUGUUAGAUCCGCUAAUAAUGAUGUUUAUAUCGAAAAAAUUCUGACUCUGAACCCACAAUACCAACAAGGGUUGAUGGUCUCCAUCGAAAGGGUAAUGAGUAGAUUAGGAGAGCCUACUGUUCGAUCCUCGCCAAUUACAGAAAAUGAAUCAAAUAGAAAUCAUGAAGAAUAUAUGAGACUCAUUGCGGAGAAAGAGACUCUCCAAAAAACUUAUGCAUCUUUGAUGGAGGAACACUCCGAGUUGAGCUCUAAAUAUGAUGAUUUACAAGUUUCAAACGAAGAACUAAGACAGAGACUUAGAGAGAUGGAAAGUGGUAAAGACUUCCAUUUGAGAGCUGAAAUUGAUAAUCUUCGGCACGAGUUAUCUCGAAGUGAAAAUCAACGUCAUGAGACAGAAUUAUUGGUUGAAAGAAGCAAUAUUAGGAUAAACGAACUUACCAGACAAGUCGUUGAUCUCACGGAACAAGCUGACAAAGCAUCACAAUUAAAUGACCAAUUAGAUGAACAUAGACAUACUGUAGAUAGGUUAAAGAAAGCUGAGAAUGUUAUUGAAAAAUAUAGAAAGAAACUUGAUGAGGGUGCAGACCUUAGAAGAACACUCAAAGCUUUGGAACAGGAUAAUCGUCAACUUGUUGAACGCAACCAAAUUGUAGAAGACGAAUAUCGCAAGGUUUCCGCUUACAAAUCGUUAGUGGAAAAUUAUAAGAAGCAGAUUGAUGCUCUUCAGGUCGAAAAGGCUGAAUUAAUCACUCAAAAUAAUAAACUUGAAUAUGAAAAUAAACAUAUGCGAACAAAAAUCGAAGUUCAUGAAAUGUCACAAUCUCGUGACAUGGAGAGCAUACGUUUAUUGGAAGACCGUGUAAGAGAACUUGAAAUGGGUGAUGGAGAACGACUACAAUUAGAAGAUGAUAAUGAUAAUGAUAAAACAGACGGCGAAGUGAAUAAUAUUAAUCAAUCUAUUGGUGAUGAAAUGUCGGAUGCAUUGAAAGGAAAUACAAUAACUGGCCUAAGACUAAAAGUAAAUGAACUUGAACGAGAAUUAGCAAGGGUGCGUGAAGGUAAACCAGCGGAUGGAAAUACAGAUGCGGAAUUAGUAAUACUAAAUCACAUGUUGGAGGAUGCCCAACGUGCCAAAGCUAAACUUGAAAAGGAUUAUGAGAAAGUCCAGAAGGAAAAACUAGAACUAGAAAGUGAAUUACAGACACAACAAAAUGGUAGUACUUCUAACGGUACUGAUAAAUCUGAAAACAGAAAGAGCAUUGACAGAGAAUUAGUGGAAACUAGGAGAAAACUUAUUGAGACUCAGAGAAAACUUACUCAAGUAGAAAAAGGAGAUGAAAUCAAAUCUGAUUCAAUUCUGGAAACUAGAAUUAAAGAAUUAGAAGCAGAAAAGGAAGAACUGAAAAAUCGUAACGAGGAAUUGAAUUCCUUCAUUCGAAAUUUGGAAGGUAUGAGUGAGGAUGAUCUUAAGAGUCAAAAUGUUCAAUUACAUCAACAAAUCGCGGAGAAAACAAAGAAAAUCGAAGCUUCCAAACAGCUCAUUAAAGGACAACAUGACAUAAUUGAUAAUUAUAAGAUUCGUGAAGCCCAAAUUGAAUCUGAGAGGAAAGCUUACGCUGAAGAAAUCAACCAUCUGAAGCAAUCUAAUGAAGAGGCAAGACAGCGUGCCGCCAAAGAGAUGAAUUUGAUCACAAGCGCUUGGUUCAGUAUGGGCCGACGUAUUCAAGGUGACCAUGUGUUCUUGCAACGACAGGGACCAACAUCAUUUCUUGGUCAACAACGCAUGAUUCUUGAUACGCAGCUGAAGCGGCGGUGA